AUGCUCUCCGGGUCAUCGAGGCGGCGCGCGGUUGGCGGGCGCCCGUCACGUGAUAUGCUAAUGUGCUUCGACGGGCGGAGCCAGCGCUCAGUUAAACGACAACCCCAAAGAAAAAUUAUUUCCAUCCAAUUCAUCCAAAAAUUAAUGAUCAUGAGUUCGUAUUUGAUGAACUCUCCCGCUUACAGUGAUCCCAAAUUCCCACCCAACGAGGAGUACUCACAGGGGAAUUACAUUCCCAGCCACGGUGGGGAUUACUACACGCCGUCGCAUCAUCACCAUCACCAUCAUCCACACCAUCAACAACAUCCACACCAUCAACAUCACCCGCCGAGUCACCACCAACAUCCCCAGCAGCAACAUCACCACCACCACCCUUAUGCCGGCUACCCGUUAUCCGGCCCUGUUUCUUAUGGACAAGAGAAUGGCAGCCCCGUCUAUGGGGCGCCCAACGCGGGUCAGCACUAUUACCGGCCCCAGCCGCCCUGUGGAAUGGGGCCCGUCUCGCCCCUUCCUCGAACGCCCACUCUUCCAGUGGACCACGUCGUUCCCACCAGUAGUCUCAGCCCCGUGCCCUCCCAGGGCCCCAAUCAACAGCAGCAAAGAUCACCGGUCUCUUCGCCGACCCCACCGGGACUCCAGAGAAACCAGCCGCCGUCCCAACAGCAGCUGGGGGGCCCGACUUCGCCAGACUGUGCGAUCAGUGGCAAUGGAGGCAAUCAGCCGGUAAUUUAUCCCUGGAUGAAAAAAGUCCACGUCGGUGCAGUUGCUGCCAAUGGAAACUUUCCUGGAGUGGAACCCAAAAGGCAAAGGACGGCUUAUACUCGGCAUCAAAUCUUAGAAUUAGAGAAAGAGUUUCAUUUCAACAGAUAUCUUACUCGACGAAGAAGAAUAGAGAUUGCACAUGCUCUCUGUCUGUCAGAACGACAGAUCAAAAUAUGGUUUCAAAACCGACGGAUGAAGUGGAAGAAGGAUAAUAAACUACCAAAUACGAAAAACGUUAAGAAGAAAAAUCCUAAUAACGCCAACAAUGCAAAUAAUAACAAUAACAACAACAACAACAAUACUAAUGCUAAUAAUAAUAACAACAACAACAAUCCGGACCAGCAAAAUGCAAACAGAUUAUCCAAUCCUCAGUCUCAACCCCCAACACUGCAACCUGUGGUGCCACCUCCUCAGCCACCACACCAUAUGAUUGGUCCUUCUCCUCAUUCCCAACCAAAUUCUUUAGUGGUGGAUACAAAGACGGAUUAUGGACUUACAGAACUGUGAUGUUGAUACGUUAAGUCCUCUCUUUUGUGUUUGUACUGUUUCACACAUUCCAGAACAUUGUAAAAAUGUAUGUAAAAGCUAUUACGCCUCUUCAGGUAGUUCCAAAUGAACAGAACUAGUAAACUGAACUUCAUGUGAUGUGAAUUGUUUGACUUUUAGUGUUCACACUGGAUUUGUGAAGUCAUCAUGCCUUAAAGUAGAUCGAGUGGAUUAAGUCCAAAAUUGGUAAAGAAAACCAAUUUGGAUAGUGGCUGUGCACUUAGGGGUGCAUCUCAAGGGUUUAGCAAUCUUCAGCAACGACUUUUGCGGAUGCUUUUUAUGGUGUCAAUGAAACAAAUGUAGUAUAUUUUUAUUUCUCGUCUAAUAAGUUGACUACUUGCAAUAACAAUAAUGUGCAAUAAAAACAGCUUACGCAAUCAGUAAUCUGGUAAAGGCAGUUGCAAAAACAAAGCCACCACUGAAUCAUCAUAAAAAAGAGAAAAUUUUAAUAAUAUAUUUCAGUAAUAAAGAAAAUUAUAAUUAGUUUAAUUUAGAAAUAAAGAAUGAAUAAAUUCAAUGGCUGACAAAGCAAACCAAAAGGAUCAUAAAACAAAUAUUCAAUAGGUUUAAUUCAAUACACAGACUAAAAUUUUAAAUAUUUUGUGGAUUUAAAUUCUAUUUUAACGAUAAACAGUGAAAAUUUUCAGCAAUCAUUUUUAGAAAGAAAAUUUUUUAUUUUCAAAAAAUAGCAGAAGAUCAAUGAUAACUGCAUGUUUUCAAUGCUUAUAAACCGUUACACGCGUACUUCUUUCGAGGAUGAGCUUCAGUGUUUGAAUCUGACCCAAUCUUUGCGACUAUUAUUGCAUCAACCUUGAACUUAAUUACAUGAUCAGGGACGGAAAGUGCUCUCUGUAUGAAGAGUUACUCGCCGACUUCCGUACUUCGCGACUAUAGCAUUAGUAAAAAAGCAAUUCGAAAGGCUGCUUCGUCUACUAUUUAAAAUCAUGUUAGGUUUCAACAGUUAAUUUUUAAAUAUUGUAUUAAAAUGAUCAUUUUAAUUUCAUUAUAAUGAAAUGGAUUUUAAAAAUUAUGUAAUUGUAUAGCAAGUAACAAGAUCUUAUUUUAAAAUCUUUAGGAUUAACUUACGGUUGACUUUAUUCAAGCACUUUUUAAUUUGCAUGAAAACGUUAGAACAAAUUCUGAUGAAAAAAUUUAGAUAUACCCCGGUGAUAAUAUUUUAUUAAAUUUUGAUAAAGUUUUUAAUUGAUACUAUGUGAGAAGUGUUGAAAAGUGAAUUGAUGUAAAGUCAAAUGAAGACUGUAGUUGAAAGUUUGUUAUUUACUGUUUCUGAAUCCUCCUCGAGUACCUCCUUCAAGAAACGGUAAUCGAAGAGCGUACGAAUUGUUUGAAAAAAUAUUAAACAAUCAUUGAAAUGCUUCUGAAUACAAAUAAUUUACAGAAAGAACUUUUGAGAUGCACCUCUUUACGAGGCAAAGUGAGAAUACAUUAUGGAGUGCAUACAUGUAGUUUGUUUUGGAUUACUUCAUUGAACAGAAAAAUAAAUAAAAUGUCAACUGCCUAUUUCAUCUAGAUGUGUACAGAAUACCCCUUUUUACGUCCACAGGUACUGAAAUGGUGACAAUGUGCUGUCGUUGCGUAAAGCAACGAUAUAGGUAAGCAGAGGAAGAAUUAAGCACCUGUUUAUGUAAUUUAUUGCGUUGUAUAAAAAAAGGAUUCCAUUUAUGAAAGUGACUGCUGCUUUCGCACGUUAGUUCUGAAAGUAACUUGUCAGAAAAGAAUUUUUUUCUUCGAUGUUUUUAAACAGAGUUGACUGUUGCAUUUCAGAGUGAUAAAAGACAACCUUCGUAAAUGCUCUAAGUUCCCGGAAAAAUUACAGAUAACAGAUUUGCCUAUGAUUGUAAUAACAAGCUAAUGUUGUUGAAUGUUUAUUUCAUUGAAAAAUACAUUAAAAGUGUGACACUUUCUAGUUCUCACCCGUUGAAAAGAGUACAAAGAUUUAUUUUCCCCAUUGGUUCUCUAUUUCUCUUUUUCUCAUCCAUAUUGAAUUGUUUUAUUAUUUGUGAGCCAAAAAUAAAACAAACCGAAGUCAGUUUUUUUAUAAUUAGUUCUUACUAAAACAUUAUAUUCAUUUGAUAAUCAUAAUCUUAUUGUAGAAAUCAUUUUUAACUUAAUGUGAUUAAUAACCUAUUCAUUUCGUAGUAAUAUGGGAACUCGGUUUAAAAACAAUCUCAGGAGGUCUUUUUUUUUUUUACUGUAUAUGCUGCGUGCUGAUUGUGGUUACCUGCUGAGCAGAGUCAUAUUUUUCUAUGUGUUUCCUUAAACUUUCUUGUUGUCAUUUGUUAAUUUUAUGUUAGAACAAUUGCGGGUUUACUGUUUCGUGUUUGUUAAUUUAGUUUAAAAGCAUGGAAUGUAUUUGAAUAUUUCUAACAGAAGUUUUUCAACUUGUUUUUAGUACAAAAAUGUUCCGUGCUAUUCUUUAAUAACUUAAUAUUUUUCGGGAAGAAAAGGGAAUAGCAAUGCUUUCUAAUAACAGAUAUAAUGAUUUAACCUUUGCGCAAUAAAUUGAAACAAUAGUAAUUAAAAAAACUUAUUUUACUCUGCAUUUAGCACCCUGGCUGGCUUUUUUCUUUAAAAAUGCUAAUAAAAAACAAACAGUAAAGGAAAUAAUACGAAAUAUGUCAUUUUAAUAAACUCCUCAAGCGGAAUAAACAUGUCUAUUUCUGAUAGAAAAUCAUGGCAUUCGGAUUAAGAGAAACAUACAAUAUGCAAAGUUAUUUUUUUCAAACGUCAUAAUAAAUCUGAUAGGACAACUGUUACAAAUGUGGUAGCUUCUAAAAUGAAAUAUUGAGCCCAUAUUCAACCCUUAAGAUAGUUAAGUACCAUCUAAUUGCUCGCUGACGUUUUCUUAAUGCUCCCAAUCGAAAGCGAUCCUGCCGACGAUCGUUUCGCUUUUUUGUUUCCGUAAGGGAAAAGGAAAAUUGAAUUGAAAAAUCUGUGAAAGCGCUUCAUAAGGAUGCGACAAGCCAGUGACAAUGUAGCUCGCUAUAAGAAAAAUGGUCUCCCCACGGCGCGAUUCGAUCGGCUUGAAAACCUUCAGCUAUUCCUUUAUGGAAAGCUGGUGAAGGCAAGAGGGUAGUGGGUAGGGGCGAGAAAAUGAUGGGAGUUUAAACUGCGCCAGUGUCUGACAUGAACCUUAACUGGAUGAUGGAAGUUCCCUGGAAGAUUGCCAACAUCCCAGUUGCAACCAUCCGUUCCCUCUUGAAGACACGGCGUCGCGGCGUCCUUGUCUCUGAGCCGCUAAUGUCUCGCUUUUUGAAUUGCACAAAUGACGUCAGCAAGAUUUAUCCCUCCAACUCCUGAUUAAGACAAGUGCGAUUGUAGAAAAUUUAAUGCUUCCUUAGCCUCCCUGUUUUUAUAGAGCUCGAUAUCCAUCUUUAAUUGAGUAGUUCUUUGCAAAUAGUUGCUCUUAACACUUUCGCUCUGACACGACUUUAAAUUCCUGUUAGAAGCUAUUGUAAAUCGAAUUUGUUCAGAUUAAAAGCGCUAAUUCAACACAGUUGUAAAUCAAAAAUAUUGAAAAUCAUAUUAAAAAUUUUUUUUAACAAAACGUGUGUAUAAUUUAUAAAAGAUUUGUCAUUAUGUAAUGGUUAAAGACAGUUACUGACUGACUGACUAUUUUCUGUCUUACUGACUAGAAAAUUUCAAACAAAAAUAUGCUUCAAACAAAAUAUGCUAUUUCAAUUCAUCUUUAUAAUUUAUCUUUCAUGCUCAAUAUAUUAAGUUAGCUGAUGAAUAACAAACAUUCAUUUUGACAGUGAAUAACUAACUGCUUAUAAAAUAAUGAUUCUCUCGCUGUUAAUUAAUAUUCGCAAAAAAAUGUCCCAAAAAUCAUUAAAAAAACGCCUUUUACCACCUUAAGUAGUUAUAACUAAUUAAUGUUAAUUGAAAAUUGUUAUAUUGUAGAAUUUGUAUUUUAUUUAAUUUGUACAGUUGAACACUAAAUAAAUAACCUGGAAGUGAUUUUUAUAAUUGACAGCACGUUUUUCCGUCAUUAAUUAAACGAAACUGACAAAACAAAAACAAAAGAAAAAGCUUAGUUGAUUAAGCAAUUCAAAAUGAGCAUUAAAUAAUUGUAAUAUGUGACCUUGAGCAAAUGAUAGAAAAGGUUGAUCCUCGAAGCUUAAUAAUGCAAUAUUUAGUGGACGUUUCUUUUCUUUUUUCUUUCGUUGUUAAUUGGGUAAAGUUUUCAAUUAUCUUCUUUAUAUGUUUAUAUAGAGUGCUGGCUAUCUUUUCGUUCGGAUUUUCAUUUAAAGCUUAUUUAUAUGAAAUAACUUUAGAAAUCGAAUUUUUGCACGUUUUUCUCGUUUAUUUGAAGGGAAUUUACUUAAUUAUUUUUCAAUAAUAUUGAUGAAGUAAAAUUUAUAUUAUUGAAAGUCAUCCUCUAUCUGCCUCCUCAACUCCAUUAAUAAUAUAUUUUAAUGUUACACUUUUAAACUAUCAAAACAAGGUCCAGGCUCUGUUUAAGUUUGAAAAAUUAAUGAACUCCUUACGAGUUUAUAUUUUGUCGAUAUUGAAAUAAAUUAAUAAUAUCGUAUUUAAAACUUUAUAUUUUAUUCAAUAAAACUAAAGUCCUUUCCUUUCUUUUUAGAGUAAGAAUGAUAAAAUAUUCUUUUAUUUUGUU